AUUAAUUCUAAAAAUUUCCAAAAAGAAACAAAUAAAUUUUAUUUUAUUAAUUCAAUAAUUUUUCCCAUUUCCUUUGCAAUAAACAAAAAAAAAAGAAAUAAAAAAUGGCAAAUAUUGAAUAUUUGAAUAACAAAGAUGAUGCCAAUUUAUAUGGAAUUUUAUUAACAUUUUGUGGUCUUAUUUGUAUAGUAGCUGCAAUAUUAGGAAUAAAACUCAAAUGGUUUAAACAUAGAUUAAAUUUUGAGUCAUCUUUAAAUGAAUUCAAUCAAACAAAUUCAGCAAGUAGCACAACACAAACUGAAACUUUUCGUAGCCUUAAUCAGCAAUAUAAGCCAACACCAUAUGAAGUUGGUGUAUUUAGAAAGAAAUCAGAUAAUGAAUUUGAUUUAGAAAGACCGAGAGAUUUACCUCCUAUAAAAAUAAAUAACUCUUCGGGGAAAAAAUCGGGAAGCCCCAAUUUUCAACAAUUAACAAAUAACAUUUCUAAAUCGAUUUCUCAAAAACAAAGUAAAAUUGCUAAAGAGAAACUUAAAUCCGAAGCUGUAAAUCCAACUGUUCACAACACUAGAUAUAAUUCAAGUAGUAACAGUAAGUCUAGCGGAAGUCGAUCUAAUUCGAGGUCACCUAAAAAAGAACAUCAUCAAAAUAGGCAUAGUAAAAGAAAUUACGAGAAGAGCUCCUCCGAAAAAAAUAUUUCACCCUUGCAAAAAUCUAAGGAAAAAAAUUCAGCGCAAUCAUUUUUAAAUAAUAAGCAAAUGGAAAAUAAGAAAAAUAUUAAAAAAAAAAUUAAAUUUGAUAAUAUUCCCGUUGAAAAAGAUGAUCCGAAUUCAUCACAAAUUCAUCGUCGUCCAACUGGAUUUACAAAAUUAUCACAAAAAGAAUUAGAAGAAUUAGAAGCUCUUAGUGAACAAACACCGGUUAACCCUAGCAAACAGAAAAGAAGGCCAACUGGUUUCGAACUUCUUUCUAAAGAAGAACUUGAAGAACUUGAAUAUUUAGCAAGCAAAGAAGAAAAUACAAUUGAAAAAAAAUUUAACUCUAUACAAUUUCAUGAUAUUGAAGAAAAUGAACCUUUUGGAACAAGAAAAACUGGAUCAGAACAGAAAGAGGAUGACUAUGGCUCUAUAAAUAAUUGGAGAAAGAAUGAAUCGAAUACAAAAAAUGAUUUCAAAAAUUAUCCUGGUGUUAUCGAACAAGAAAAUGGUCAAUUAACAUUUAAAAUUACCGGAUUCUCAGAUAACGAGGAUGAUGAUGAAGAUUUAUAUUCUAAACUUAAAAUAAGAACUAAACUUGACGAAGAUUGUAAAAUUGAAAAUUCAGAAGAACAAAAAUCAUCUACAAAUCUAAAACCAGAACCACAACCUAGAAUAACUUUAAGACAAUCGAAAGAUGAAGAUGCAAAAACAAUAACUGCAAAAAUUGAAAAUGUUUCAAUAUCUUCACCAUUGCUGAAAGCCACAUCAAAUAAUUUAGAGGAUAGUAAUACAAAAACAGAAAACGAAGAAGAUAGCUGGUCAAUUGUCCGAAACUAUAGAAAUAUAACUGAAGAAAUGGCAAAGCAUAAUCAAGCAAUACGGGAAGCAGCGAAAGAAAAAGCUGCGAGACGUGAACUAAGGAAUCCAUUAGCUUAUGAUGAUAUGAAUAAUACCGUAUCCCAUAAGCCCAAAAAUAUGAAAGAUGUUAAGAAAAAGCAACACGAUAAUGAGGAAAGAGAAAAAAAAUCUAAUCAGAAAGUUAGUUUAAGCAACGACCAAGAUGAAGAAUCUGAAAUAUCAUGUUAAAAUAACUAUAAAACAAAUAACUAUUAUAAAAUUUAUUAAAUUGUGUAACGUAAUUUUAUUUAGUAAUUUUCAUAAUAAUUCUUGUUAAAUGUAAAUUUCAUUAAUUUCCUUUUUUUUAUUUUUUUUUCUGAAACAAAAUUUGCAGAGAUUAAAACAAUAAUAAAUUUAAAAGGCAUACGACAUUUAUAAGAGAAUGAAUAAGAGUUUCGGAUAGUGAAAUAUCAAAAAAAAAACCAAUCCGAUUUCCCAAUUUUCCAGAAAGAUAUAGAGCAAAUUAAAAUAAAAUAAGUGGGUAUUAAAAUAUAUGACACAUGCACAUAAAAUUUAUGUCAUGUGUAAAGUUUCAAUUGACCUUAUUGAUUGUACUAACUAUAAUACAAAACAAAAGAUAUCGCAACUCAUAUCAUAAAAAAAUUUUCUCGAAUU